AUGAUUCAAUUUGAGAAAUGCUGUUUUUAUAUUCCACGGAAGACGGGAUGCUUAAUUAUAGGAUACUUAAAUUUGAUUGGAUCAAUUAUAGGAUUGCUUUUUUCAAUAUAUGGGAUAGUUUUGGGAGAUCAAGCUACACGAUCUUCUAAACCGAAACAUGUUGAUGUAGCUUACAUGAUAAUUGGUUCCGCUGUAGUGCUUGCGCUUAUUUUUCUGCUAGCGUUUGCAUUUUGUAUCGUUCUCCUCGUAGGAAUAAAUAAGAAUAAACCUGGGCAUGUGAAAGCUUACUUAAAAUAUAACUUGAUCUUCCUAACUAUACACGCUGUCUUGCUUCUCCUCAGCAUUCAAAUCGACGCUCUUUUGCUUUUGGUUCUUUUCAUUUACUUCUUCCUCGUCAUCAAUAGUUAUUACACAAAAAUGCAAGAGGAGAAGGCUACAAAGGAAAUUCAAAAAGUU